ACAGCCCUGCAUACGCUUGAAACCUGCGCCCAAGGGUGACCGCCAUGUCGACGUGUACCCUGCAGUUCUCCCCCGUUUCAACCUUCAACGUACACCCUCGGCUGGCGACUAUUCGCACGAAGAAACGAUCCCUGUCAAGAAACUGGACAAUCUCGAAGCAGUAAUCGUCGCACCGGAUCACUCUUGCACGCAGCAUUUGGGAUAUGAAUGAAGACCCAACCCUUUCACCUCGAGGUUCUGGCAGUGCUGCUUCUAUCUGUUAUUCCAUGGCCCGGUCCCAGCGUCUUUAAAAUAUCAUGCCCCCGCGAUCGAGCGUCCGUAGUGAGAAGGAUAGUUCACAAGAGAUGGAUGCCAAUAUUGAAGAAGUAUCAGGUAGAAUUGCCAUUGGAAUGUCCGUUUCACGAAAGUCGAGAUAUCUUUCGACCGCAACAAAAGGCAAAGCAUCAACACAGACCCUCGCAAUGGACCUGCGGCCUCUGCGGCAAGUCCUUCUAUGCCGAAAAACACUUGGACGUCCAUUUCGAUAACAGACACAAAAGCAAUGUUAAUACGGCUGAAGAUGCGGUAUGCCUGGCGGAUUAUUGCGACAUCAUGCGCUGCGAUGUGCUGGGCAACCGUGACUUCGAGAAUCUGGUGGACGACGACGGCAGCCACCUGAAUACGGAUAUCCAAGUGUGGCGCGAAAAUACCGAACAGCAACAACAGCAGCAGCAGCAGCAGCAACAGCAACAGCAGCGUGGCGUUUCCGUCGUGCCAUGCGAAUCGCGUGGCCUCGCCAGAAUGUAUCCCGCGGGCAAAUCCUGCACCAUCGCUGGCGGUGGCGCGGUGACGAAUCUGCAACGUUACUGUCAUCGCGAUGACGGUGGCGACAUGCACAAUCACCGAGUCGCGAGAUCGUCCUAUCACAACGAGAUCGCCGGCUCGGAUAACAAGAGCAACGGUUGUGACGGCGAGGAGGACGAGGAGGAGGAUGAUGAAGAAGACGCCGAGGAUGAGGAGGAUCUGGUGGAAGCGGCACUACCUGCUGUGGACAAGAAGCAAAAACGCAAAGGAUUGCAUCUGAGAAAGAUCAAGACCCAUUGCAAGCCGGAGGAGCUACAAAAGCUGAAGACCCAGUGCGAAAUACUCGUGCGCGAUUGCAUCGCCGGAUUGCUCACCAAUCUUUCUGUGCGGGAUUUCCAAGAGAUCGAAGGGGAGCUAAAUCGCGCGAUCUGCUGGUAUCUCAGUUGUGACAGAUACUGGGAGGACACGAAGAGACCGCAACGUCACACACCCUGGUACCUGCUGACCAUUUUCAUGUUGGUCUUGUUCUCGUCCAUCUACGCGUGUUACUACGUCAUUUGGGUCUGCUUCAACACCGCGGACGAAGACAGGCUGGACGGUACCGGAAGCAUGGAUUACAACGGAAGCACGGAUCGCUCGAAUACCUCUCCGUUGCACGAUCCGAAUAUUCACGGCGAGGGCAGAUUGGAAAGACGGAAGGGCGAUCACGGGGACGAGAAUUUACCCCUGUCGAGUGAGGACAUGCCCGAUCAUUAUAUCUAUGUCUCUUAUCCGCCCGAGCUAAAGCGGCGACUACUGGAGAGUGAUUCUCCUGCUUACAGCUGCUACAACAGGACCACUCGUCUGUAAAGCGACUUGGUGGGUGGGAGGGACAUACCUGAAAAACGCGCCGGCAAGAUCUUAUCCCGAUUUCUGCCCCCAAAAAAAGAUAAAGGCAUUCGAGAUUCAAUUCUUCUCAUUCUCAUCUUUCUCGUUAUCUUCGUGUUUUGUAUACCGAAUGUGAAUAAACUGCAUCGUGGACACGACA